AUGUUUCUAAAUUCCUCCAGGUUGUCUAUAAGUGUGUCCGCCAUAUGGGUGGCAUUGACAUUGUUCAAUGCCUGUGCCCUGGCCGCGACCUACCCUUACACCGUGUAUCGUGGCACAUUCGUUCAAUUGCCCCGACUGAACUCGAGCUCGACAAAGCCCGAGUUGGCCCGUACCCAAGGUGCUCUCUGGGUUGGAACUGAUGGCCGUAUCAAAGGAUAUGACUGGAGUGUUCACGACGACGCCAGCUUCAAAUCGUUCCUCUCAAGCCACGGCUGGGCCGAUGCCGAUGCCAGCAAUGCAAACGCCAAGGCAACCAAGGUCAAAAUUGUGAAGUCCAAUGAUGAACGUAAUGAAUUCUUCUUCCCUGGUUUCAUUGACACCCACAUCCACGCCCCACAGUUCCCUAAUAUUGGACUCUUUGGAUCAUCCGGUCUGCUCGACUGGCUGAACGAGUACACUUUCCCUGUGGAAGCCAGCUUCGGCGCCAAGUCGGACCCCAAGAACCAGCAGACUGAUCCGAAGAAGACGCCACCAGAAGGCCUUCGUGUUUACGACCAAGUCGUAGCACGCACUCUGGCCCACGGCACAACAUGCGCUUCGUACUUUGCAACCAUCCAUGUCCCAGCAACAAAUGCACUUGCUGCCCUCUGUCACUCCCACGGUCAGCGCGCCUUCAUCGGCCGUGUCUGCAUGGAUAACAAAGACCAAUGCCCAUCGUACUACGUCGACCAGUCAGCCGAGCAGGGUUUCAAUGCCACAAAGUCAACCAUCGACUACAUCCACACUCUUGACCCCAAGGGCACAUUGAUCAACCCAAUCAUCACCCCCAGAUUCGCCCCCAGUUGUUCAAAGGAGUCCCUCGAUGGCCUCGGCAAGCUCGCAGCCUCCUACUCCCCACCUCUGCACAUCCAAACGCACAUCUCGGAGUCAACUUCGGAAGUCGAGCUCGUCCAGAAGCUAUUCCCCGACUCGACCAGCUACGCUGACGUCUACGACAAGUCCAAUCUCCUCACAAACAGAACCAUUCUGGCUCACGGCGUCCACCUCACCAAAGAAGAGCUAACACUCAUCCGCACCCGAGGAUCAAAAGUCGCUCACUGCCCAGCCUCCAACUCUGCCCUCGGCUCCGGUCUCGCUCCCGUCCGCUUCAUGCUCGACCAAGGCGUCACAGUCGGUCUGGGCACUGAUGUUAGCGGCGGCUACAGCCCCAGUAUCCUGGAGGCAGCCCGCCAGGCCAGUCUCAUCUCUCGCCUCGUGCAAUACAGCUCCGAGUACCAGGACGAAACUGGUAACAAGACAUCCGACGGAAGCGAGAAGCUGACUGUCGAUGAGGCUUUGUACCUUGCUACGCGCGGAGGCGCCGCAGUCGUUGACAUGGCCGCUGAUCUUGGCGGCUUUGAUAAGGGUAUGAUCUGGGAUGCGCAGUUGAUUGAGCUUGGUGCUGUCAAGAACAGCACUACUAGUCCUCUUGAUGCCUCCUCUACCAAUGCCCUUGUUUCUCGUGCUGUUGCGACUGGCACCGUUGGCAAUGUGGAUCUGUUUGGCGAUGAGACCUGGCAGGAACAGAUCCAGAAGUGGAUGUGGAGUGGCGAUGAUCGCAAUGUGAAGAACGUCUGGGUUCAGGGAAAGCUGGUUCACACCAGAAAGUAG